UCCUGAGUGUAUCUUACCAGAACCCGAAAGGGUGACCAUCCAAACUAAUGAAAUGAAUAAAGUCAGUCAAGAAAAUAAGGAGGAACAGGAGAGUGUAAGAUCAAAUAUUUUGGAAAUGAGCAACACGUCGCCAUUUUUUGAAAAUCCUCUUUCAAAGAAUAGCCUUUCAUCCGUUGAUUGCAAAACCAUAAAUUCAUCGGAUCCACUUGACGAGAAAUCAAAAAUUUCCGAGAAAUCCACGGGAACUAACGAAGCUCCCAUUGUCAAUUUAAAAGUAAACCGUUCGGCGCUUAAAAAAGCUACCUCUUCAAAUUCAAGUAAGAAUUCUUCAUCAAUAAAAGCAGUUAAACGGGUAACUUUUAAUAUUCUAGAUACGGGCAUUAACCUGGGCGAACAGAAACUUUCAGAAAGCAAUACAAGUGUAUUUGAAAGUCAAUUGGCGAUCGAGGAGAGCGACCGUCGUGAAGAAAAUAAUGAACUUUCCAAUUCUUCGGAAAUCAAUAGUGAUGGUCACUCCAAGACGCCGUAUAUUACUAGUAAAAGGACUGUUGAUGAUGCUUUGGGAAGAGAUAAUGAUUCUUUGUCAGCUCGACAUCUACAAAAAAGAUGUAGAGUUGACAAUAAGGACAUCCAAAGUUUCAAAGCAGUCUCAUUUUCUGCGGAUGGAGAUCGAUCGUUGAACCUCGUAACCGAAGACCAGGAGUCUUUAUGUAAGCGGGACGAAAAACCAUCCAAGACGAAUUAUUUAGAAUCCCAAAAUAGUAAAUAUUCAAGUUCUAAAAGUGAAACUAAUCCUCCGCGAAGAUUAGAGAAAUCAAAAGAAUCUAAUAGUUUAAACAUAUCAUUAUCAUCUAUGCAGAAAAAAUUUUUAACGUGGAAUUUCGAUUCGGACAAUAUCCAUUCUCCAAAGAUUUUUUCAGACGAAC